AGCUGUACCUGACGUUUAGCCCUGUCUAGCAGACCCAGUCCUUAUAGGUUGGACCCGGCCCAAUAAGUCCAAAUUAUCUAAAUUUUAACGCGUUGACGUUUUCGGAGUCUUGACGUCGAUCGAGGAAGACGAUCAGAGAGCGGCCAUGGCAGAAGCGGAGCAGCGAAAUCAUCUCCUGGUUGUGCCUUUCCCGGCCCCAAGCCACAUGCUCCCGCUCCUCGACCUCGCGUAUUUCCUCUCCUCCAGUUUCGGCUUCGCCGUGACGGUCGUCGUCACUCCCAAGAACCUCCCCUGCCUCUCCCCGUUGCUCUCUCGCGCUCCCGCCGUCUCCCCCCUCGUCCUCCCCUUCCCCGGUGACUCCGAUCUCCCUCCUGGCGUCGAGGACGCCCAAGGCCUUCGCUUCCCCCACGUCAACACCUUGCUGCGAGCCCUCGGUGGCCUCCACGGCCCCAUCCUUCGAUGGGCCGAGGAAGCGGCGGCCGCCUACCUCCCUGUCUCCGCCGUCCUCUCCGACUUCUUCCUCGGAUGGACCCAUCGGCUUGCGGCCGAUCUCGGCGUCCCACGCCUCGUCUUUAGUCCCUCUGGAGCGGCCGCCCUCGCCGUCCAGCACUCGCUCUGGCGGAGACUGCCGCAAAGAACCAAUUUUGACGACGCCGAGGAACUCAUUCCCUUCCCCUCCGUCCCAAGAUCACCUCUUUACCCCUGGCGCCAGCUUCCCACUCUCUUCAAGAUCUUCAAGCAGGGCGAUCGCCUGUCGGAGUUCGUUAGGGAUGGAUUUUUGGGCAACAUUGACAGCUGGGCCUUCGUGAUAAACACCUUCUCCGAGCUCGAGAAACCUUAUCUGGAUCAUCUUCGCGACGACUUGGGCCACGAGCGGGUGUGGGCGGUGGGGCCCCUUUCCCUGGUCGGCGGCGGCUCCACCACCGAGCGAGACGCUGCGGUGGAGGAGUUGUUUGCGUGGCUCGACAGCUGCAUCGAGGCCUCGGUGGUGUACGUUGCCUUCGGAAGCCUGGCAGUGUUACCGCCGGCCCAGGUGUCGGCGCUCGCGGCAGGACUGGAGAAGAGCGGCGCGCGGUUCGUGUGGGCGGCGAAGGGCGUGGAGGAGACGAUCCCAGAAAGAUUCGAGGAGCGGGUGGCAGGUCGAGGGCGGGUGCUCCGGGGCUGGGCCCCGCAGACCGCGAUCCUGAGCCACCCGGCGGUGGGCGCGUUCCUGAGCCACUGCGGCUGGAACUCGGUGCUGGAGGCCGUGGCGGCGGGAGUGCCCGUGCUGACGUGGCCGAUUAGCGCCGACCAGUAUACCAACGCGAGGCUGUUGAAGGAGGAGCUCGGGAUGGGAACGGUGGCGUACGAGGGCGGGGAACCAGCGCCAGACCCAACGGAGCUGGCACGGGUGGUGACGCAGUCGGUGGGCGAGGCGGGGAGAGCACGGAGGGAGAAGGCGAAGGACGCGUCGAGGGCGAUGGCGGCGGCUGUACAAGAAUAUUCCGGCAGCUCGUAUAUGAACCUAGCGGCACUUAAGGAGGAGCUAUCGAGGUCGACCUCGCUGAAAGCGAUUUGAAUGGACUCUAUGACUCGAGCCAUGCCACAUGCUCCCUAAUAAAUGGCCGAAGCUCAAUGUCAGCUUUCAAAGGGAAUGUAUACACGGGACCUGCCAAGUCUAUAUAACCUGUUCGAUUCCAAGGGCAUCCAUACUAUUAGAGUCCAUUGAAAAUUUCUUUGUUAUCAUGAGUUAAAAAUUUCAUAUAUCUUUUCACUAUAAAAAAAAUCUCUCAA